AUGGGUCGUUGGGGGGUGAAUGAGUGUGGGUGCGGUGUUGAGGAGAGGCUGGUGGUGUUGGGAGUCGCAGAACCUCUGGAUGUCAAGGGAGGCGACGACGGUUCGGGGCUGACAGGGAUAACGUCGUCAUCACCAACAACCAUCAUCAUGGCAGGGUCGCUGGCAGCUGUCAAGAAGGAGUUGAGGAAGAAAAUCAAGAAUGUACUAAAGGAGCUUCCCGAGGCUGCUGCUGUUACCCAGACUUCGAAGGCCACAAAGACCUUGCUUGCCAUGCCUGAAUACCAGGCGGCGCGGCGAAUAAGUGUCUACCUGUCCAUGCCAUCAGGCGAGAUAUCUACGUCCAGCAUUGUGCGCGAUGCACUGGCCCAGGGCAAACAGGUCUUCAUCCCCUAUACUUUCAAGUUGAGCAACCCAGAGGAGGGUCAGCCCGAGUCCAUCAUGGACAUGGUCGAACUACGGUCAAUGCACGACUUCGAGUCCCUGCAACCAGACAAAUGGGGCAUUCCGACACCCGACAAGGACGGUAUAUCAUCACGUGCAAACUGCUUUGGCAGCACAGGUAUCACGCAAGGCGAGACACCAACCAGCUCGAGAAAAGAAAGCCUCGACUUGAUCGUCAUGCCUGGUAUGGCAUUCGAUUCAAAGUUUGGUCGACUUGGACAUGGCAAGGGCUUCUACGACUACUUUCUGACGCGCUGUCACCAGUCGUCGCGCAUGCCUUUUCGCGUUGGUCUCUCGUUGACCGAGCAGUUCCUCCCGCAGAGUGAGUCGGUUCCCAUGGACUCGUCCGAUUUUCGCCUCGACGCCCUGAUAACUGGAGAUGGUGAAAUUCGCCGCGCAUGA